GCUCCCCAGCUCAAGACCAGCACAGGAAUUAAAGCAAAAGGGGAGGACAGGUUGAGCACCAAUUAAAGGCAGCUCCUUCCUUGCUAUCUUUAGCCGCUGCUCGCAUUGCUUGUGGGAGGCAGGGGAGGAGGGUGAUCGCCCGGGGGGAGCCAGAACAGAGGAGAGAGGAGGAGAGCACCCCCUCCCCUGUGUUCUUGCUCCUCCGCUGUGUCCUGCCUCCGGGGUCGGUCGCCGCCUUGCCUUGCCUUGCCUUCGUGGAGCUGUAGGGAGGGAGCGGGUGCUUGGCCCGCCGCGCCAGCGGGGCGGCGGCCAUGGGGUGCGCGGCGUCGAGGCCCGGGGCGGUGUGCUCGCCGGCGUACGACGUGUCGUCGGCGUCCUACAACGUGUCCCGCAGCGCGUCGGCGUCGGCGGAGCUGGGGUCGGCGUCGGCGGUGUCGUUAUGGAGCCGGCCGGUGCGGCUGGAGGCGUUCGACGACGCCGAUGAGGACGACGAGCGGCGGAGGCGGUCCGGGAGGGAGGCUGCUAACGCGGCGGCGGUGGCAACGACGAGGCUGGGGAACAUCCGGCGGUGCGUGGAGGGCGAGCAGGCGGCGGCCGGGUGGCCGUCGUGGCUGAGCGCGGUGGCCGCCGAGGCCGUACAGGGGUGGGUGCCGCUCCGCGCCGAGAGCUUCGAGAAGCUGGAGAAGGUCGGGCAGGGCACGUACAGCAGCGUGUUCCGGGCGCGGGAGCUCGCCACCGGCCGCCUGGUGGCGCUCAAGAAGGUGCGGUUCGACAGCGUGGAGCCCGAGAGCGUGCGGUUCAUGGCGCGGGAGAUCCUCAUCCUCCGCCGCCUCCGGGGCCACCCCAACGUCGUCGGCCUCGAGGGCAUCAUCACCUCACGCACCUCCUCCGCCAUCUACCUCGUCUUCGAGUACCUCGAGCACGACCUCGCCGGCCUCACCUCCUCCCCCGACGUCUCCUUCUCCGAGCCCCAGAUCAAGUGCUACAUGCGGCAGCUGCUGGAGGGGCUGGCGCACUGCCACGCGCGGGGGGUGAUGCACCGGGACAUCAAGUGCGCCAACCUGCUGGUGAGCAACGGCGGCGAGCUCAAGGUGGCGGACUUCGGCCUGGCCAACCUCUUCGCGCCGUCGGCGGCGGCGCCGCUGACCACUCGCGUGGUCACGCUCUGGUACCGCCCGCCGGAGCUGCUCCUGGGCGCCACGGCGUACGAACCCUCCGUCGACCUCUGGAGCGCCGGCUGCGUCUUCGCCGAGAUGCACGCGCGCCGCCCCGUCCUGCAGGGCCGCACCGAGGUCGAGCAGAUCCACAAGAUCUUCAAGCUCUGCGGCUCGCCGCCCGACGACUUCUGGCGCCGCUCCGGGCUCGCCCACGCAGCCGUGUUCCGGCCGCAGCACCCGUACCCGAGCCGCCUCAGGGAAGCCUUCGCGGACUGCAUGCCCGACCACGCGUUCCGCCUCCUCGCCACGCUCCUCUCCCUCGACCCCGCCGACCGCGGCACCGCCGCCGCCGCCCUCGACGCCAAGUACUUCACGACGGCGCCGUACGCGUGCGAGCCGGCGAGCCUGCCCAAGUACGCGCCCAACAAGGAGAUGGACGCCAAGUUCCGGGAAGAUUCUAGGAGGAGGAGCAACGCCCGGAGCCACGGCGGCGAGGCGGCGAAGCGGCCGUCGAGGGGGCACAAGAGCAUGCAGCUGCAGGACACGAACCAGAGCCACGUGCACGCCGAGGAAUCGCUGCCUGUUGUGGCCGGCGACGGCGAGGCGACGGCGAGGAACGACGGCGAGUCGCGGCUGUUCGUCGACCUGGAGCCCGUGCCGGCGAUCAGCAAGCGGCACGGCGACGCCGACGGCGGCGGCGACGCGGCGCCGUGCGCCGGGACCGUGUCCACCAGCUUCAAGGAGGCGCCCCGGGUCGCGGACCGCCUCCCGCUCUCCGGCCCCGUGCAGCUCGCCGCGUCCACCGGCUUCGCCUGGGCCAAGAAGCCCCGGCCCGACGCCACGGCGGCGGCCGCGGUGACCAAGAGGAGCGGCUCCAAGGGGCCAGGCGCCAACAACAAUGUCGGAGGAGACGCUGCGAGAACGACGGCGGCGGCCACCGCCACCGCAGCACCAUACGACGCGGAGAAGCAGGAGAUAAUCAAGCAGUGGGCACAGGUUGCUGACGCCUUCAGCACCUCCGAAGCUUACAACAGCAGGUUCAGGCAGACGCUGGACGCCAAGCAGCUCAAGAACGGGAAGAAGUACAAGGGGAAGGUGGACAGGGUGGACUUCUCAGGGCCGCUGCUGUCGCAGCCACGGCGCAUCGACGAGCUCCUGCAGAACCACGAGCAGCACAUCCGGCGAGCUGGCCGCCGGUCGUGGUUCAAGAGAGGCAGCAAGAAGGAGCAUCACUGAUGACAAUAUAGGCACGGCAUGAUCAGAAUCAGACGGCCAUCAGAUUUGUUUGUACUUACCACAGAACAAGCAUGAAGAUGCUGCAGGCAAAUCAAAGGGGUGAAAGGGGUUGGACCAUGAGUUCCUCCUGAUGAGCAGGUGUUUUUUCAGGCUGGACAGACAGUCGGCCUCCUGCCAUCAGGGUUAGAGCUGCUGUAUUAUGUUCAGGUUUCAUGCAACCAAGUUUGCUCUACCUGAACUAGACAACGCUAUCGUUAUUGUUGUUGUACAAGAUCUUUUUGUGCUCACUUAUGUUGAUAAUAUCCAUGGGAAGCUUCAAAA